GCUAGAUUAAAACACUGCCAUGUGUUGACAGGAUCACAUGUGCGUCUAAUCACCUGCCAAAUGCAUUACAUGCGGACGUGUUCAGUCUGUUAAGACCUCAACUAAACCCUCAGCUAAAGCGGCGGGUUGCUAAAUCUAUCUGCUGUUAUUGUUGUUAUUGUUAUUAUCAUGAUCAGGAUUCCAUUGCAAACCCUCGUUGGAGCGACGUCGCGGCGCUGUGCGCUGGAAGGAGUAACGCAGCGGAGCCCGUCCGUCGGCAGGCCGCCAGCUCCUCGGGGGAGUGACUUCACUCACCGGGGUCUAUAUAUUCACGUUUUGUCCGGUGGCUUUGUGUGAAUUAGCGAGGAGCUGCAGUGGAAAGUCGCCGCAGCAGGACGGCGCGCUUCCUCGCUCUGACAGCCGCGCACACGCUCCCAGGACGCCGCGAUGGACUCCCGUCUGGGCGCGCUUUGCAUGACUCUUCUCCUGGCGUCGUCAGCUGCGGUCGGACCGGUCAUCCGGUGCGAGCCGUGCGAACUGGCCGCGCGCCUCCUGUGCAAACCUCUGCCCCGGGACUGCGCCGAGAGGGUCCGCGAGCCGGGCUGCGGCUGCUGCAUGACCUGCGCGCUGAGCGCCGGCCUGGCGUGCGGCGUGUACUCCGGCAGAUGCGGCUCCGGGCUCACGUGCCGCCACCGGCCCGGCGAGAGCAAACCUCUGCAGGCGCUGCUGGAGGGACGCGGGGUCUGCGCGGACGCCACGAGCAAACGCGCCCACGGCAGAGCGACGCCCGCGGCCAAUCACCUGCCAGAGAACAUUGAGACUCGGGACGAAGAGAGAAAUGCCACCGGGUGGGGCCUCCAGACCUUGUACACCACCCACAGACCCACGAGACCCCCGAGACCUCCGCCUCGCCCUUUCCUCCCCUCUGCCAAGUCCGAAGUCCUCCGACGGGAGCAGCAGAAGAGAAUCCAGAGCUUUAAAAUGGAGGAGCUCCCGGGAUCCCUCAUCACGGACCAACAGAACUUCUCUCUAGAGACCAAACAUGACCCAGAGUAUGGUCCCUGUCGGAGAGAGAUCGAGAGCCUUCUCAGCAGCCUCAAGAUUACAGACAUUCUCAACCCCAGAGGAUUCCGCAUACCAAACUGUGACAAGAAGGGCUUCUAUAAGAAAAAACAGUGCCGUCCGUCCAAAGGCAGGAAGCGCGGCUUCUGCUGGUGCGUGGACAAAUACGGGCAGGCCUUGCCAGGGUUGGAUAAGAAGGAGCGAGGAGACGCACAGCACUACAACUCCGAGAGCCAAUAGGAGCGUUGGCAGGACGGAGGGAGGGCGGGAGGGAGGGCGGCGGGGGUUUGGGAGAACAAGAGGAAUUGUAAACAACUGGAGACACUAAGGAUGUUGGGAGAGAGGUCAAGAGAUGGCUCAGCCGAUAAAUGGAUUGUUUGCCUUUUUUUGUGAGGCGGAGCGAAGGGAGCAGGGGGGGGGGGCUUCUGUUUCACAGAUACUGUACCUUUCUGCAAUGGACGGAUUCUUCAUAAGCUUUUUUUUUUUUGUCUCUGAUCCAACCAGGACAACUUCUGAAAAGGGGACGUGAUUCGUCUCAGAGGCCUCGUCCCCAUUAUUAAAAGAAAAGACAUUGACAUUGGCCACACACAUUGAUGAGAGUGCUCUUCAUUUUACGCACAAUCGAGUGGCAUUGCACGUGUGUACAUGCAUGUCAUAAUUUGUUGUAAAGACGCUGCAUAUGGUGCCGACAGCCGUAUGUAGUGUGUAUGUAGGAAUAUGUCUUUUGGAGUCGGCAUGCAGUGCCUUACUUUUUUAUGAAUUCCUUUUUUUCCCCGGGCGGCUUUCCUGCUCCUCAGGAGGUUUGACUGGACUGUGCAGCUCGAACACUAAAGUGCGUAUCAUUUGUGUGUCCUGUUUUUUUCUUGAAUGCUGGAUCUGAAGCCACAAGAAGAGGGACAUGUCCUUGAGUCUGUGCUCUGGUUGUUACUGUUGUGUUGUCACUUUGCAUAAGCUGAAUUUCUGGGAUAAAGGUCACAAACCGUUAUCUCAAAUCUCUGUGCCGGGGAUCAUCUCCCAUCACUUGCCUUGGUUUAAGUGAAUAUGCUGUUUGCAUUUACAAUGCAACCCUCAAAGGUCUAUUUUUUAACUUAAUAAAGGCACUAUAACAUUU